CUCUGACUUUACCAACAGUUUUCGAAAAAUGUACAACUUAACCUCCAAGCUUGUUUAUAUUUAAAUACUUAUGAAUAACGUAUUAUGGAAUGCAAUAAUAUUAUGGAAACUAUUUUAUAGAAAAUAAUUAAAAUGUCGAAUUCUUACGGUAAUACGUAUUAUAGCGAAGCUUAUAACAACAAGGAAUUGCAACAAAACCUCAAAUACCGCAAGAAAUACAAUAAAUUAAAGAAAUUAAUUAAAAACACAGUUGUUGAAAAUGCAGCGCUCUGUGAUCAAGUUGCACAAAUGCAAGAGAAUCUGAUUAUCGUCAAAGAUGAAAGACUUAUGCUUCUGAAAAAACUAUGCCAAUUACAAGGAGAAAUAGAUCCGGCAACAUUUUUAGCAAAAUCUCAAAUGGGUAUCACUGGCUCACCGGUACAAAAUUCUGAUAUGUUCACUCCUAAGAAAAAUAUUAAAAAACGGAACAGCGUUGAAAUACAUGCCAAGCCAAAACGCUGUACAAAAACUGCUCGCAAAGUAGUACAACUAAUACCGUUGGACAUUCAUGGGAGGCCUAUAUUUCCAAUAUCAUUGGGAGACUUGACAGUCUAUUCUCUUGGUGAUGUAGUCGCUGAUAGAGUCGCUUAUCAUACGGAAGAUCUUAUAUAUCCCGUGGGCUAUUGUAGUACCAGAGUUUAUGCCAGUCUGAAAGAUGCGCGAAUGAAAAGUUUGUACACCUGUAAGAUUUUUGAUGGUGGAACCAAGCCACGGUUUGAAAUAGUCUCGGAUACCGAACUUGACCAACCAUUGAGCGGAUUAAGUCCCGACGAAUGUCAUUCGCGCUUACUCACGGCUAUAUCUUCUAGUUUGAGCUCUAUCAUUCCAAAGGGUGCAGAUUUCUUUGGAAUAUCUCAUCCGACUAUACAAAAUCUCAUACAAAGUUCUCCUGGAACUCGUAAACUUUCUAUUUAUAAACCACAAAAAUUCGAGAUUAGUAAGCAUUCUACAGACCGAGACACUAGUCCAAUUACCGAAGAAGAAAAUGAUCCAGGACUUGGUUUUUCAGCAUUGCAUAGACAUUAUGCUCUUUCUUCUUCGUAUUCAAUUAAGCAGGAAUCGACAAAUCAUAAACUUUUGAAUUUUCAAGAACUGCUUUCGUAAUCGUGGAGUAAAAUAUUAUCCGCUCAAAUAAAUAAUAAUCUAUUUUAAUUAUAAUAAUAAAUAAAGUAAAG